AACAGUUCUGGAUGACAUCACUGUAUACCCGGUGCAAGGAGAGAAAUGGUAUGGCUGAAAUGCUUCCUCUUAGUGUGUUUAUCCACAGGAACACCAGACUGAGGAUGGCCUGUAAAUAAAAAGCUGACUUUUCAAACAUGGAUAUUCUUCCUCUUUUAGUGCUGCUUCUUUCAUGCCAGAGUGAAGUAAGAACACAGAUGACUCUGACCCCUGCAAGCCUCACGGUCGUCCGAGGAGAUGAGGCCAAAUUCACUUGCAGCACCUCCAACACUCUAUGGACUGUCAUGGUGUGGCUUCUAGGGGAUAGACCAGUACUAACUAUCUCCAAGCAGAACGGAGUUUUGCCUUCUGUCAACCCAAACGUGACGGCUGUGAAAUGCUCCAGCUCAAAAACAGACUGCUGGGAGUUUAUACUGAAGAGGACAGAGAGGGACAGCCAAGGACAAGUUGUGUGUGAUUUGCAACAGAUUGAUAAAAGGACAGCAGCGCUGUUCUUACAAGAGAAGGGCACUGUGAGGCUGUUUGGAGAGAACCGGUUGGCUUUUAAAGGAGAGUUGGUCGUGUUUCAGUGCCAAGCAGCUGGAUGGUAUCCUGAACCCACUCUGCAAUGGCAGGUGUAUGAAAAAAUGGUGAGCAAGGAUGAAUACAACAUCACCUUGGAGGAGAAGGAGAAUCUCUUCACUGUCUCCAGCAACCUCAGCAUCCCAGCAGAGAGGAGCUCUGCGGUGGGCUGUCUGGUUUCUGUGCCUGCUCUAAAAGAACCUCUGGAAAGCAGCCUCAAUCUAACAGUGGUCGCAGAGGUGAUCAAGGAAGAGGAUGACUGCACAGUCCUGGUGGCAGUAAGCGCCUCUCUAGCUGCUGUUCUGCUGCUUGUGCUGCUUGUCCUGCUCUCCAUAAGCAUCGUCAUCUGCUACAGGCGGAGGAAAAAAGCAAAAAAAAAGCAGCAGGAGGUGAUAAGGUUCAACCAAUCGCUUUAUGGAGGGAACCCAGUUGCCGAGGCGACAGGCGGGAAUGUGAAUCAGGGGUUUUCCAGUGAGGACUCAACAGAGUCCUUCAAUGGCAGCUUCCGAAGCUCUUACUUCAUCAACAGUCCAUGGUAG